AAACAUAUUCAAACGAGCAAAAAACAUUACUUCCAUAACGGAAAAACAUACAGUCAAACAUCAAACAAAGUUGAGCAACUAUUUUAUUUAUUUAUUUGUUAAAAACAGGAAGGGAAGAUGAGACUGCUUGAUUCUUGCACCAGAGAUGGAUCAAUAGAUCGACAUGGAAAACCGGCGCUCAAGGGGAAAACAGGUGGAUGGAAAUCCGCAAUCUUAAUACUAGCAAGUGAAGGGUUGGCAACAAUGGCUUUCACAGGAGUGGAAGUGAACAUGGCCCUCUUUUCCAAGUCUGUCAUGAGAAAAUCAAAUGCAGAUGCUGCAAACUUCUUUAGCAGGUGGAUGGGUACCCUUUACGUUUUCUCUCUUGUGGGAGCUUUCCUCAGUGACUCCUACAUGGGAAGAUAUCUCACUUGUAUCAUCUUCCUUGCUGUCAUGAAUUUUGGAUUGGUGGCACUGUCAUUGUUAACUCAUAUGUUCAUGCUAGUGCCUAAAGGGUGUGGGAGUAUAGGAGAGCUAUGCGACCCACAGUCAAUGGUUGAAGUUGCAAUGUUCUAUGUGUGCAUGUAUUUACUAGCAAUUGGAAGUGGCUCCAUAGAACCCGUACUUGCAACCCUAGGAGCAGACCAGUUCGACGAAGAAGAUCCAGAAGAGAGCCGAUCAAAGACGAAAUUUUUCAGCUACUUUUACGUAGCGCUAAACCUCGGGUCACUUGUGGCAGAGACAGUUUUGGUGUACAUUGAGACUUUAGGGAAAUGGGUACUUGCCUUUUGGAUAUCUACCAUCUGUGGCUUUGCUGCAUUGAGCCUGUUAAUGACAGGUGCAUAUAGGUAUCGCCAUGUCAGACCUUCCAAGAACCCUGCCUGCAGGUUUUGUCAGGUGAUUGUGGCUUCUCUGAGGAAAAUGAAGCUUCAAGUGCCAUUGAAUGGAGAAGGGUUAUAUGAAGCUCAUGGCAGUGCAGAUAAUUGCAACAGAAGAAUCUCUCACACAGAUGGUUUUCAGUUUCUUGAUCGAGCUGCAAUCAUGGUCUCAACGGACAUGGUGACCUUAAUGCCAGCCAAAACAGAAGUUCCAAAUCCAUGGAGGAUAUGCACCGUGACUCAAGUGGAGGAAGUGAAGUGUGUCCUUAGACUACUCCCAAUAUGGAUUUGCACCAUGCUGUCAUCCAUAGUAUUUGCACAAGUUCUUUCCCUCUUCGUCGAGCAAGGAGCUGCCAUGAACACCAAAAUAUCAACCUUCAACAUGCCUCCCGCCAGCAUGACAUCAUUCGACAUCAUUAGCACGUCCACCUUCAUCAUCUGCUACGAAAACAUCAUACACCCACUCUACAUCAAGCUAACUAAAAGAAAGCCGAAGCCAUUGAGUGAAUUGCAGAGGAUAGGGGUAGGCCUGGUCAUUUCUGCCAUUGCCAUGGCCACAGCUGGUGUGGUUGAGCAAUACAGACUCAGAUAUGCCUAUGAGGAGGAAGAGGCAAGUUCUUUGAGCAUCUUUUGGCAAAUCCCUCAGUAUGUAUUUGUGGGAAUAGCAGAAGCCUUUGUGAAUGUCGCGCAGUGGGAAUUCUUUGCAUCACAGAUCCCUGACAGUCUCAAGAGUAUGGGGCUCGGUUUGUCAAUGUCCUCUUCAGCGUUGGGUAGUUACCUAUGUAGCAUUUUACUAACAGCCGUGAUGAAGAUCACUGCUAGGGACGGGAAGCCUGGUUGGGUCCCACCGAAUCUAAACGAUGGCCACCUGGACAGAUUUUUCUUCCUGUCUGCUGCUGUAGUCGCAUUAGAUCUUGUGUUGUUCGUGUUUUGUGCUAAGAGGUACAAAGGUAUAGUGCUAGAAAAACGAGAGGAGAUGGUUGAGGCCUAAGCUCUUAACUAAGAUUAUUGCGUCAUUCGUCUCACAAACCAAAAAAGUUGUACAAAAUUCAAGUGUAGCAUGAAACUGACAUGACUUUAUUAUGAAAACAAAAGGGUUGGCUUAAAACUAGAAUAACCAGAUAUCAUGACAUUAUUAGUAGGAAUAGGGGGUUUUCU